AUGGUAGAUGAGUUGGCCAAAAGGGCAACCAGGAGUAAUCUCCUCAAAGCACCGAAAGCGACAUUGACAGCACCUAUAGGCGAGAACUUAAGUGGAGAAAGACCGUUAGAACCAGCAACAGAUCCGACCAACAAGAGCCGACAAACACUAGAGUUAGACUCAGAAAGCGACGAUAGUGAAACUUUCAAAGAGAUGUCGGAGCAAAAUGCCCAAGAAAACCCUAGUAACACGGCUCAAGAGCGUCCCACCGCUCAAGAACGUUCCACCCUCCAAGAUCGUCCAAGUAAUCACGCAAAAUAUCAAGGAAUCCUAGGAAAUGUUCCAGAGAUUGUCACGAGUGAUGAUUUAUCGGUAUCGGUGACCGGUCCAGACCAAGCGAAGACCUUAUCUACCACCGACGAUCCAACCACGGCGUUAACCUCGCAAGGUUUAGCCUUGUCGACGACAUUAGACGUACCGGCAGUCAAAUCAGACAAAGCCUUACUAUGGGACAAGAUUGCAGAAGCAGUAUUGGCGAACGAUAAAACAAACGCCGACUUCUUCAUAAGGUUGUACUCUCAAAUAAGCAACUCCGUUGAAUCUACAAAACCAGAUAUCUCACGCUCUCGCUCCUCAGACGGAAUAAACCCUCUCAUACACUUGUCCUCUACGAAGAAAUCAUCUGACAAGACGUCAAUCAUUUUUGUGAGGGGAUCUCUACCUAAGCAUUUCAAUGUCAGAUUCACCCCUUACUUCAACAAGAAUAUAAAAGAGUUGAGAGGACCAAUUCCGUUAACUAUUUUCGAUAAGAAAUGGCAAGAAGAUGCCAUUCAGUUCCACACAAACAAGAGGUCUAAGGGCGACGAAAAAGACGGAAGCUACACUGGUUUCGAGUACCCGAAUGAAUGGACUCAAACGUUUGCGAAAUGGACGGCAAACCAUCGAAAUUUCCACGUCACGUUCAGAGACUUAUAUAAUUAUCCAGAUUUCGCAGACUGGAUCCUUGAACAUAAAGCAAACGUCGACAGGAUUAUAGCCGAAGACGGUUUCCUUGUCGGCUUUAGGUACGACCUAAUCAUUCGACAAAACGCUUUCUCCUACCAAGUAGAGACUGAUAAAGGAACAUCCGCGGUGGAUAUAUCCAUCUUCAGAAAAGACGUCAAAAGAGAGGCCUGGAAAGCAACCAGAAAUCUAGACGAACUUGAAUUCUCCAACAAUCCAUACGCCAAAGACGGCCCCAAGUUCAACUUUGACCCAAAAACCGGGAAACCUAAAAUCACAAAAGGAAGGAACACCGACGACUCAUCCCAUCACUUCGAAAGUCGAGGGACGAGGGGUCGUGGAAACUUCAGAAAUAGUAGAGGAUCAGAACGAUUUAAUCAAGAAAGACGUAAUUCAGACUACGGAAGCUAUCGUGAAGAAGCGCAUGGUUAUGAUCGAUUCGAUAACAAACGACCGAGAGAGGUUUAUCAAAAUGAAGACUACUUCCAAAAUAGGCAAGAUUAUCAGCCUCAUCGCGGAGGUUAUGAUGAGUAUCACGAUGUACUCCAAGGUUUUGAAAUUGGUUUUGACCAAGGAAUACCUCGACAUAAUAUACAAGGUAUGAGGUAUUACGCACCGGACAAUCAUAAAUCUUCUGAAAAAGUCAAAAGCAAAGUGGAAGAAUCGAUCAAGAAAGAAAUACAUGCGAAACGAAUGUUCGGCCCCUUCACCCUAGGUGAGGUAAUGGAAAAAUUCGAUUUCUUUCGAUCAAAUCCCUUAGGAGCGGUGGUCAACGGGGAUGGUGCUAUCAGACCAAUAAACAAUUUGUCAUUUCCAAGGCACGACCCAGAUGUACGGUCGGUAAAUUCCUUUGUCAAUAAACACAAUUUCGAAACCACGUGGGAUGAUUUUCGGAUAGUUUCAGAGUUCUUUGCGAAAGACACCAGAAAGAUGGAAUUAGCCAUAUUCGAUUGGGAAAAAGCUUAUAGGCAAAUUCAGACCCGAAUGGAUCAAUGGAAAUACUUAUUGGUGAAGGAUUUUGAUGGUAAUUUCCUUUUAGACACUAGGAUCACGUUUGGUGGCGUAGCAGGGUGUGGGUCAUUUGGAAGACCUGCAGACGCGUGGAAACGGAUAAUGAAGGAUCACUUCAAGUUACUAAAUAUCUUCAGAUGGGUAGAUGACAAUCUCUUUGUCAGAUUGCAAGGAGAAAACGUUUCGAUGGAAGAAAUCGUUCAGUUAUCUUCGGAACUAGGCGUGCUAACAAACAAAGAAAAAUAUUCCCCUUUUCAAGACGAACAAAAAUUUAUCGGUUUUAUAUGGAAUGGAGUACAGAAGACAGUGAGACUACCAGAAGGGAAAAUAGAGAAGAGGAUAGAUCAGAUUAUGCCGUUUCUUGUGAAGGAAGCCAAUUUCGACUAUGAAGACGUUGAGAUAUUAGCAGGACGGCUCAACCACGUGGCGUACAUUCUACCUCAUCUAAAGUGCCGACUAUGCUCCCUCUAUCGCUGGUUGAUAUCCUGGCGUGUUCGGAAAGCUCGCAGAUCUACACCACCAGAUGCUUUUGACGACUUGAUGAUUUGGGUCUCAACGCUCAAAUCUUUUGAACACACCAGAAUCAUCAAUUACGGCCCACCCAUAGACGUAGGAUGGGUGGGAGAUGCGUCUACAUCAUUUGGGAUAGGCAUACUGGUAGGAAAGCGAUGGGCUCAGUUCAAGUUACACGACCCUAAAGGGGUCCCAUUACGCAUCUCUUACCUAGAAACGGUCGCGAUCCGACUUGGUUUACUUAUGGUUUUGAAAAUACGAGACCAACGCGGGAAAACACUUAUGGUAUGGACGGACAAUACAACUACUGAGAAUGGAAUUAACAAUAAAAAAUCCAGGGACAGCUUGGCUAAUGCGGAAUGGAUGAAAAUACAGGAAAUACUGAUCAACGAAGGGGUUGAAUUACAAGCAAAACGUGUAGCAUCUAAAGAUAAUAAAGCAGAUGCGCUGUCAAGGGGGAUACGGUCAGGGCAACAUGUGAAACAGCAACUGUUGAUCGAAGUGCCAUCUGACCUAGAAGAAAUCCUCUCUCAAGUAGUUUUCCUCGUGUGA